AAUAGCAGGCAGCAUCAUAUACAGAAGUUAUAAUGUCUAUAUUUUCAGUUUUGUUUACUCUAGUCCUCUUCUCUGAAUUAAGCAAUCGAUGGGUGACCAUGGCUUUGCCAGCGAGCAAUGCAGAUGACAGCACAAAUGAACAAGAAGGCUUUGGUUUAAUGCUGAAGGAUCAGACAAUCUCUGAGCCAGCCUUAGCAUUUUUAAUGCGCAGGAGCAGCACUGGCCUGAGCAGCGACAUCCGGGAUGACAAGGGAACUCCACAGGUCAAUAUGCUAUCGGAUAUGCACCUGAGGGGACAAGACAACAGUGGGUUGAUUCCACCUGUCACCCGUGGCAAUACUCUGCUCACAGAUUGGAACAUUGGACGUUUUCCUGAAUCCAUUAUCAAAAUGGAUCGCAGAAACACUGACCUUGACAGUAGGUAUCAUACACAAUUAAAUUUAUUCCACGAAGACAAUAGUCGUAGUCCCAGCUACACUGUGUCAUGUGAUGACUAUGUUAAUGUUGUCGAAUUCAACCCAUUCCCUUCUGGGACCCCUGCAUCCCUUUUAGCUUAUGGUGGAAACCAAUAUGUUGUUAUUGGAACUUGUCUCUUUCAGGAGGAGGAUUUGGACAUUGAAGGGGUUGAAUUUACUGUUCUUCGAGCUUUUCAUCAUGAAGUGCGUGUUGAUGCUCUUGCUUGGAGUCCAGAGUCUCAUCUGGACAGAAUUCCCCACAUCAGAUUCUGCACUGCUGCAGCUGACAGAAGACUACGUCUAUUGACUUCAGAUCUUCAGGACAAGCAUGAAGUCAAGACAAUGGAAGGUCACACAAGCUACAUUAACCAUUUGGUGUUUGAGCCGACCGAGGGAAAGCAAAUUGCUUCUGUCAGUGACGAUCACACUUGCAGAGUGUGGGACCUAGAUGGAAAUGAGAGUGCAACACUCAGACUUCGCUCUCCAGGCAUUAGUGUGUGCUGGCAUCCUGAAGAAGUAUUUAAAUUAAUGGUGGCAGAAAAGAAGGGUACAAUACGUUUCUACGAUUUGGUUACCCAGCAGGCCAUUCUGUCACUGGAUUGUGGCCAGGCACCACUAAUGUCAGCUGAUUGGUGCCUCACCAACACCAUUAAAGUCGGAGCUGUGGCUGGAAAUGACUGGCUCAUCUGGGACAUAGCUCGCUCCAGUUAUCCAAAUGAGAAAAGACCUGCCCAUAUAGAUAAAGCACGUCUAUUCAAGUGGUCACGAGCAAAUGAAAAUCUCUUUGCAACCACUGGAUGUCCUGGAAAGAUCAGUAGUCAGCUGCUUCUCCAUCACCUGGGACAUCCACAGCCUGUAAUGAUUGGAUCAGCAGCAGUUGGAUCAGGUCUCAGCUGGCACCGCACUCUCCCACUCUGUGUGAUUGGUGGGGACAGGAAGCUUUGCUUUUGGAUGACUGAAAUGUAACUAUCCCCUUAAAACUGUU